AUGAACAUAUCAAUCUUAUUUGUGACGAUCCUUGUUGUUACUAUUACAGGAGCUAUAGGCUCUGAAGUAAUACCUUUAGAUACCAAUAAUUUUGAAAGUUCUAUAAAAGAAGAAACUUGGUUUGUAAAAUUUUUUGUGCCAUGGUGCCAUCAUUGUCAGGAUCUUGCCCCAAUAUGGUCAAAAGUAGCGGAUGACAAUAGAAAUUAUAUUAAAUCAAAGAAAUUUCAUAUGGCUGAAGUUGAUUGCACGUUAUAUGGAGAUAUUUGCGAGAAAAAUGAUGUACAUUCUUAUCCUAAAUUGCACCUAUUCAGCAAAGGAAAAAGAGUUGAUUCGUAUGAUGAUGGUGAUAAAAGAGACUAUGAUUCAUUAACCAAAUAUGUAAAGUCCAAAGCAGAUGAAUAUUAUAUUCCUUCCACAGUUAAUGAUAAUGUUUCCGAUGAAGAACCAGCAAAAGUCAAUCCAUUUGGAACUGUUGUAUUAUUAACUGCUAAAAAUUUUGAUCAAUUAACAAGUUCCGGAAUUUGGUUUAUAAAAUUUUUUGCUCCUUGGUGUGGACAUUGUCAAAAAUUGGCACCCGUAUGGGAGGAGUUGGGACGUGAAUUGCAAUAUAAAGUGAAUGUUGGUAAGGUCGAUUGUACUGUUGAUUCUGGCCUUUGUGGUAGAUUUAAAGUUCAAGGUUAUCCAACGUUGAAAUUAUUGCAAAAUCCGGAUGAUAUAAUCGAAUAUAAAGGAUCUAGACAAUUAAAUACCCUAAGAGAUUUUGCCGAAAAAGCGUCUCGUGCUCAUGUAUUAGAAAUUAGUAUAAAAGACCUUGAUAGAAUCAAGAAACUGGAUGACGUUCUUUUUAUUUAUCUUUAUGACGAUAAGACACCUCUUAGCAUUCUUAAAAUGAUUAGGGGAUUGUCUCGAUCAUUCUUCUCGGUGAAAUUCUAUUCUUCUAAAGAUUCCAACCUUACCGCACAAUUAAAAGUAGAUAAACUUCCAGCUCUGAUAGUACUUAAGGAUGAACUUCAAACGAAUUAUCCUUAUACUUCCAUAGAAUCAUUUGCAAACCGUGAAAAUCUUAAAGGAUGGAUACAGUCAGAAAAAUAUCCUCUAGUACCAGCAAUGGAUUCAGAAAAUUAUGAGGAUAUUUUAGGAGGUGAUAGAUUGGUUGUAUUAGGAGUUUUAAGACCAUUUGAAGGGACGCAAUUCAUUAAGGCAAAAAAGAAUUUAAAAAAUACGGCCAAAUUAUAUUAUCAACAGAUUAAGGAAGAAGGUGGAACUGAGGAUGGAAGACGGGUAAUAUUCGCUUGGUUAGAUGGAACCAGAUGGAGUGAUUAUAUUUACGGAGUUUAUGGACUACAAAAAUCGGACUUACCUACCGUCUUAAUUGCUGAUCCCGUGUCAAAUGAAUAUUUCGAUACUACAAGAUUAGGAGUAAAACUUACUUUAUCGAAUCCAGAACAACUCUUAGAAUCUAUUCAUAAUGCCAAGAAAGGUUAUUUAGUUGGAAAAAGUACUUUGGGAUUUGAUAUAUUUUCAUUUGGAGUAUAUAUACAGCAAUCCAUUUUUAAUCAUCCGUUUACUUCUUUAACUGUUCUUGUGUUAAUAAUUGGAAGUAUUUAUAGAUAUUGCAUAGUUCUUAAAACAAGAAAUGUAAGAGAUUAUGAGUAUGGUAAAUUUGAAUAA